CGGAGGGGCCGCUCCUGAGUGCUGCUCUCCCCAGAUCGCCAUGGAAGAGGAAAUCGCCGCGCUCGUCAUCGACAAUGGCUCCGGCAUGUGCAAAGCGGGCUUUGCUGGGGACGACGCCCCCCGAGCCGUGUUCCCCUCCAUCGUCGGCCGCCCCCGGCACCAGGGCGUGAUGGUGGGCAUGGGCCAGAAAGACUCCUACGUGGGCGACGAGGCCCAGAGCAAGCGGGGCAUCCUGACGCUGAAGUACCCCAUCGAGCACGGCAUCGUCACCAACUGGGACGACAUGGAGAAGAUCUGGCACCACACCUUCUACAACGAGCUGCGCGUGGCCCCCGAGGAGCACCCCGUGCUGCUGACUGAGGCGCCCCUGAACCCCAAGGCCAACAGGGAGAAGAUGACUCAGAUCAUGUUUGAGACCUUCAACACUCCGGCCAUGUACGUGGCCAUCCAGGCCGUGCUGUCCCUGUACGCUUCCGGUCGUACCACUGGUAUUGUCAUGGACUCUGGCGACGGGGUCACCCACACGGUGCCCAUCUACGAGGGCUACGCCCUCCCGCACGCCAUCCUGCGUCUGGACCUGGCUGGCCGGGACCUGACGGACUACCUCAUGAAGAUCCUCACGGAGCGCGGCUACAGCUUCACCACCACGGCCGAGCGGGAGAUCGUGCGGGACAUCAAGGAGAAGCUGUGCUACGUCGCCCUGGACUUCGAGCAGGAGAUGGCCACGGCCGCGUCCUCCUCCUCCCUGGAGAAGAGCUACGAGCUGCCUGACGGCCAGGUCAUCACCAUCGGCAACGAGCGCUUCCGGUGUCCAGAGGCACUGUUCCAGCCGUCCUUCCUGGGCAUGGAGUCCUGCGGCAUCCACGAGACCACCUUCAACUCCAUCAUGAAGUGCGAUGUGGACAUCCGCAAGGACCUGUACGCCAACACGGUGCUGUCCGGCGGCACCACCAUGUACCCCGGCAUCGCCGACCGCAUGCAGAAGGAGAUCACAGCCCUGGCGCCUAGCACCAUGAAGAUCAAGAUCAUUGCUCCCCCGGAGCGCAAAUACUCGGUGUGGAUCGGAGGCUCCAUCCUGGCCUCGCUGUCCACCUUCCAGCAAAUGUGGAUCAGCAAGCAGGAAUACGACGAGUCGGGCCCCUCCAUCGUGCACCGCAAGUGCUUCUAGGCAGACUGCGAGCAGAUGCGUAGCCUUUGCUGCGUGAGUGAGUUCGGAGUGUAAAUUUGCCCCGGCAAACGUGUACGCCUCAUGCUAGCCUCACGAAACUGGAAUACGCCUUUGAAAAGAAAUUUGUCCUUGAAGCUUGUAUCGGAUGUCAGCACUGGAUCUAGAGCUCUGCUGAUCUCGACCUUGUGUUCAAGUUCACUGUCCCUUGGUGUGUCCAAUACCCUGUACAUAUCUUCGGUUUCCCCCAGUACGCGUGGCUCGGUCACCUGGUGGCUGAGGCAAGGACAUGCCCGUAGAGACGCCUGGGCGUGAGGGGUGCACGCCCAGCGGCUUUAGGGUCUGUGCAGGGUAUUCCUGUCUCGAGCUGCCUAUUCCAGGGCUCCUCCAGAGGCGGGUGGAGUUCUGAACCCCUUCAUUUCUGUCUUGCCGGUCUUAAUGGGGUGGAGUCCGAGCCCUAGGACCCAGUUCUGUUCUUCCCACGUUUCCUGCCAGAACACCUGGGCUGUUACUUGCCUUGAGUUGGAAACGGUUUGCAUUUCCACCUGUAAAUUCAUCCUUUUAAUUUAUGUAAGGUUUUUGUACGCAAUUCUCAAUUCUUUUAAGAGAUGACAAAUUUUGUUUUCUACUGUCAUGUGAGGUCCAGGCCCCUGCCACACUCGUGCACGGAGAAUAAAGUGCUGCAGUGGAUGA